GAACAAGAUUUCACCAUGGCAGCGACUUCUCAGGGAGCUUGCCUUCCAGGAGCUAGCGCUGCAAAAGCAAGUGGAGAGAGCCAGCUGCUCCCUGGGAACAAUUUCACCAACGAGUGCAACAUUCCAGGCAACUUCAUGUGCAGCAACGGGAGGUGCAUCCCGGGCGCCUGGCAGUGCGAUGGGCUGCCUGACUGCUUCGACAAGAGUGACGAGAAGGAGUGUCCCAAGGCUAAAUCGAAAUGCGGCCCCACGUUCUUCCCCUGUGCCAGCGGCAUCCACUGCAUCAUCGGCCGCUUCCGGUGUAACGGGUUCGAGGACUGUCCUGACGGCAGCGACGAGGAGAACUGCACAGCAAACCCUCUGCUCUGCUCCACCGCUCGCUACCACUGUAAGAACGGGCUCUGCAUCGACAAGAGCUUCAUCUGCGACGGGCAGAAUAACUGCCAAGACAACAGCGACGAGGAAAGCUGCGAGAGUUCCCAAGAACCAGGCAGUGGGCAGGUGUUUGUGACCUCAGAGAACCAGCUCGUGUACUACCCCAGCAUCACCUACGCCAUCAUCGGCAGCUCCGUCAUCUUCGUGCUGGUGGUGGCCCUGCUGGCGCUUGUCUUGCACCACCAGCGGAAGCGGAACAACCUCAUGACGCUGCCGGUGCACCGGCUGCAGCACCCGGUGCUGCUGUCCCGCCUGGUGGUCCUGGACCACCCGCACCACUGCAACGUCACCUACAACGUCAACAAUGGCAUCCAGUACGUGGCCAGCCAGGCCGAGCAGAACGCGUCGGAAGUGGGCUCCCCACCCUCCUACUCAGAGGCCCUGCUGGACCAAAGACCCGCCUGGUAUGACCUCCCUCCGCCGCCCUACUCUUCCGACACCGAGUCCCUGAACCAAGCCGACCUGCCGCCUUACCGCUCCCGCUCCGGGAGCGCCAACAGCGCCAGCUCCCAGGCAGCCAGCAGCCUCCUGAGCGAGGAAGACGCCGGCCACGGCCCAGGGCAGCCCGGCCCCCCGGAGGGCACUGCCGAGCCCAGGGACUCUGUGCCCAGCCAAGGCACCGAAGAAGUAUAAAAUCCAGUUACUCCAAAGUCCACGUGGGUUAAUCUGCUCUGACUGUUACCAUCCUAACACUCAUGGGAAGCUCUUCGGGGUGCUUCAGGGAGUGAUUUGAGGUGUCAGCUGUCUCCAUCCCCCCAGAUUUCAGGAUGUUCUUUGGAGGUGACCUGGCGUUUGGCCGCUCAGGGACAGGAUGUGUGUUGUGCACCUGUCCUGGGAGGCCACUCUUCCGCCGGGCCCAGGAUCACAGCUUCAUCUCCGCGUCAUUCGUCCAUUACCGUUGCGACCUGGCCGAGCAGGCGGCCGGAUGAAGCGGGGUCUAGGUGGCCCCUGAGAAAGCAGUUUCCGUGCCGUGUCGGAUGUUCAGACGGGCCGGCACUGCGCCCCGUUCUCUGUGGGCUGCCUUCUGAUCGCUCUGUUUGGGGGUUUGGGUUGGAUGAGCCCAAGGAGGCUCUCAUGGGAUGGCUGCCCUGCAGGGGAACCCAGGUGAGCAUCAAAACCUCGCCCUGCCCCAUGCAUCCCUCUCAGUCCAGCAGAGGCAGCGGCCAAAGAAAACUUGUGACAUGCCGUGUCAUUUAGGUUUUGUAAAUGACCCUGAAACUGUCUGCUCUGGAUAGAUUCUGGCUUUAAAACUUGGCCAUAGAAUCCUCGUUUUGAGAGCUCUCACUGGCCGCCUGUAUCAUCAGCCUCAUCCUGGAACAGGCAGGAAGGCCCUGCAAGGAGCUUAUCCAAGUUCUCCACUCCUGAAAGGCAGGGUGGCAGGACCCUCGGCCUGAGGCGGUCCCCAGUCCUUUCCCUGGAUUCUGGAUUGUCAGCCUCCCAGCUGUGACCUGCCUGCAGCCGAGGGACGAGCACCCGGCUGGAGUUGGCCUGAUGUCUGAUCUGACCCCUUGUGCCUAUGAAGCACCCCCAGCCUGCUUCAGCACUAGCCUCCUAAGUUCCCUUAACACUCAGAAGUCAUUUCACCUGUGCAUUUGGACUUGACACUGUGGUUUCUAACACACGUGAGAACGGUAUUCAGUACCUCCCACCAGAGCUCCCAGCUCCCUGCACUGCAUACAACCCCUGUCCCAAGGCCCCAAUGUAGGGUUAAGGUUAGAGCUGGGUUGGGCCCCUUCGAACAUCCAUAGUUUCUCCCCCGAGGAACGUGGACAGUGGACAGUUUGGAGUCAAGAUUUGCCAUCCGGACUUUUUUUUUUUUUUUAAUCUUUUAGAAAUGCAUUUGAAACAGUGUGUUUGUUUUUUUCCCUUCUAGUUAAGGGACUAUUUAUAUGUGUAUAGGACAGCUGUCUUUUUUGUUGUUUUUUUCUUUAGUGAGGUCCAAAGAAAGAUGCAAAAGGAGGUCACACCUUUGUCCCACUGACCCCUGAUCACAAGUCACUCUAGACCGACCCUGGUGCCAGGCGCUUGUGCACUGUUGUACUUGGAGUUGUUAUUUAUCGAGUUCUUCAAGGAUGCUCAGUGAGGGUGCCUUCCUCCUGCCGUCAUAGCCUCCGUGUUCCUGCUAGCUGUCCUCUCUCUCUGUACCCCGCCAGCUGCAGGGCCCACCCCCUGGGGAAAUAAUGGGUAGAAACCUAGAAACCUAGGCCUUAUUUGGCAAGAAGCUGACAGGAUAAAACUGGAAUCCAGGGUAGCCACUCUGGGCAGCUCUCACCCGUUCAGGGUUUCUUUCCACAGCCUAAGAAACUUUCAGCAGCUUCUCUGAUGCGAAUUCACGUGGAGCCUGCAGGGGGGAGGAAGUGACCUUCAAUGAUCCUGUUCUGUAGACUUCUUUUCUUAACCCAAUCCAGAGGAUGCUACAGGAAAGCUAACCACUUGGUGAUUUUUAAUUUUUUUUUAAGGAAAGGAAAGGAACCUAGUUGCUUGCAUCUUUUGUUUUUGAAAUAACACUUUGGUUAUUUUCUGAGUGAUCCAAUAAAGAGAGGACUUUUGAUGGCAGCCAGAGUGUGUUAGGAACUCUGGCUGAACGUCGCAUCUCCUGUGAGUCAGAAUGGCUGUUUCUCCCUCUGAUGGGCCCUUGCUCCUGCUUGGUGCUCUGGAAGUUGCUUAGAGGAAAGGAUUCUGAUUUUAAUUAACUGUGCAGUGAAUUAAUCUCACGUACAUUUCUGCUUCCAGGCGUUUUAGGGAAACAAAUGGUGUUAGUAGAUAAGGGGAGCCUAUUAAAUGUUGUUUUUUAAAACAAACGCAGGGACAUUUUUAUUAUAGAUUUGAUUUUUUAAUGAAUGUUUUUAAAAAUAUGUAAAUAAGACACCAAAGCUGCAGGGAUUUUUGGAGUUUUUUCCCCCCCUCAGGAUAGCAAAAUAAGUGGCCCACGAUAUUUUUUAACUCAUUCCAAUCAGGAUAUUUUUUAUACAUUGCCUAAAUCGAUGCCAACUAGAAAACCAUCUCUGCUCUCUUUUCUCAAUGAGAUCAAUGAGUCCUUUUUAUUUCUGCAUUAAAAUACUUUCACUGUGAUAGCUUAUCACCUGACUCCACCCCCUCUAAUUUGACAUUGACACUUUUAAAAAAUACAACUAAGUGGUUAAUAGUGUGUGAUGUUCGAAGCUGAUGUAAACUGGAAAGGUUGUGUGCAGUUGUAUUUUUUUUUUUGGCUAGGUUUGUGUGUUUUUUAAUUUUAUACUUUCAAAUAAACUUGCAGUUUCAUUCUU